CUUAGCUGCUGCUGCUGGGAAGACCCAGUGGGUGGGCAGGGGCGGCCGCGGCUGCCUUAGGAACCGUGCUGCCUAGGCUUAGCUACCACUUACUGGUCUGCCCUGCGGAGCAGCUCCGUUGGGCAGCACCGGUUCGCUCUGCGGUCGAAGAAGCAUCCCCGUGCAAGCCCGCGGAGACUGGGAAGAGACAUCCACAGCUGUCCAAGCCGAAGCAUCCGUUGCCCACCAGCAGAGCACAGACCAUCAAAGCCAAAUCCGAACUUGAAUUCUUUGCGGCUGAUUGCAGAGCUGGCAGGCCAACGAUUUCCCAGGGAAAAGUAAUGGGAAGUCCCUAUUGAGAUACAAGGAAAGCAGAGCCUGGGAACACUGCUUUGGGGAUUCCUCAUACAGAUUAGGCUUUUCUGAAAAGCCUGAGUAUCUUGUUAUAUUCAGAUAGAAGAUUAUCCACCAUCAUGGCUAGCAUCAUUGCAUGUGUGGGUAACAGCCAGAGGCAAAACACACCCUUGCCACCUUGGGCCCAUUCAAAUUUGAGGUCUCUGGGGAGGAGUCUUGGUCCUUUAAGUGUCAACAUGGCAGAAAGAAACGUGAAAUUGUUCUCAGGGAGAGUGGUGCCAGCCCAAGGGAAAUAAACCUUUGAAAACUGACUGAUCCAAGUCAAUGGGGUCCUGCCCGAUUGGAGUAUGUCUGAGGAGGAAAAGCUCAAGUGCUUGAUGAAAACCUUUAGGGGCCCUGCCAGGGAGGUCAUGUGUUUGCUCCAGGCUGCCAACCCCAAUCUAAGAGUGGCUGAUUUCUUGCAGGCAAUGAAAUUGGUGUUUGGGGAGUCUGAAAGCAGUGUCACUGCCCAUGGUAAAUUUUUUUAACACUCUGUAGGCACAAGGGAGAAAGCCUCCCUUUAUGUGAUUCUUUUAGAAGUGCAGCUUCAGAAUGCUAUUCACGCAGGGAUCAUAGCUCAGAAAGAUGCAAACCAGACUCGCCUGCACCAGCUCCUUUUAGGAGCUGAGCUGAAUAUGGACCUGCAUUUUAAGCUGAAACAUCUUCUUAGGAUGUAUGCAAAUGAUCAAGAGCAUCUUCCUAAUUUUUUGGAGUUAAUCAAGAUGAUAAGGGAGGAAGGGGAUUGGAAUGACACUUUUAUGAAACCGAAGAGACUCAAAAGGUCUGGGCUAAUCUUGGAGAGGGCAGCAAGCCACAUGGCAUUUCAGGUCCCUCAGCCAAUAGCAAUCAGCAAUGAUGACUGCAAUGUGAUAGAGGUAGAUGAUACUCUUGAUGACUCAAAUGAGGAUGUGAUCCUAGUUGAGUCUCAGGACCCUCCACUUACAUCCAUGGCUGUCCCUCCUCUCAGAGUCAGGGCCAGAUGUCUGGAUCAAAUAGUGGUUAUUGAUUCCUCCAGCAGUUCUGUGGCUCAAUUUCCUUCUACCAGUGGGGGUUCUUGGUAUAAGAAUGAUGGUCCUGGGGAUAUGCGUAGAGCCAGGAAGCGAAAAUACACAGUCUUCUGUUCAUAUUGUGGUGAGGAGGGCCACUCAAAGGAAACUUGUGACAGUGAGAGCAACAAGGCUGAGGUGUUUGAGAAUCUGAUCAUCAUUCUGCAGGAGCUGACACAUACAGAAAAGGAGAGGUCAAAAGAAGUCCCUAGCAGACACAAUGACCUCUCUGGGCUUCUAGUAAGGUGCUAGACCCAGCCCUAAGUGAAUCCUUUACUGUAUUCAGAUGGGAAAAUGAGAGUGGGUAGACUUCUAUCUGCAUUGAUUAAUCCAUUAAUUGGCUUUAUUUUGGACUGGAGAGGUCUUGGAUACCACCAAAGUGGAGAGGAUGGCCUGCCCUCUGUCCCUGCUAAGGGUCUGUUCUCUGCCUGUGUCCAUUUCCUUGGUGACUUUAUUCUUCUUAUGAAAGAAGUGUUACUCUGUUAAACCUUCACAAAAUGAAGGAAUAUACAAAAAAUACAAAUUACCUGAAACUCUCCAUCCUUAUAUAAACAUUGUCAGCCCUUUGAUAAAUGUCCUUCUAGAUAUUUCCCUAUAACUGUGUACCCAGGUAUGUAUAGAUAAAAGUGAUCAAA